UUUCCCCCCAAGAACUGGACCCCGGUGGUCAGGGCCCAUAAUCCCAGCAGCUUGGGAGGCUGAGGCAGGAGGAUCAACAGUUGGAGGCCAGCCUCUGCGACCAGCCAGGCCCUCGGCAGCUUAGCAAGACCUGUUUCUAAAAGGGAAAUAUAAAAAGGGCUGGGGACGUGGCUCAGCGGUUCAGUGUCCCUGGGUUCAGUCCCUGGUGCCCACCCCCCCCCCCCCAAAAAAAAAAACAAAAAAAAAAACAACAGGUGGCAGUGGGGAGAGGCUUGGGGACACAGGGUGGGGGGCCUCAGGCAGCCCCGUCCCCAGCCCUAUUUUGCAUUUUAUUUAGAGACAGGGUCUCCCUGAGCGGCUCAGGGCCUCGCUGUGGCUGAGGCUGGCUUUGAACUCGCCAUCCUCCCGCCUCAGCCUCCCGAGCGAGCACCUGGGAUUAUAAGCAUUCCCGCUCUUGAAGCCACUUCUAAGCCGGGUAGUUCAUGCAUCUUGCGGUUCUGGGUUUUAUUUGUGACGCAUGAACCGAGGUGAGCUAUUUUUAGGUUUCUGGGGGGGGGGGGGCAGUAAAAGACCCCUAAUUUUUUUUUUUUUUUUUCUUUUUCUGCUUUUGUUUAAACCUGCUCGAGGCCGACUUCCCGCCAUGGAGGUGGGAAUUUGAGGUUCUCGGAUGGGAGAAGACGUUUGAAUUCUGUUAAAAAAAAACUCAAGCUCGUGGGGGAGCAUUUAAUUUGCAAAAAAAUAAAAAUAAAACUUAAUAUAUAUAUUUAUUUUUUUUUUUUCCGGAAUUGGCUGACGGGAAGGGUCCCCCCGGGAACCGGGAUAGGCGCUGCUAAAUGUAGGACCGCUUUUCCCGUUGGGGACGUUGCUCCAUUCCGUAAGAGCGGGAACGCAGAGCUCCCUGGUCCCCAGGCACCCAGCUCCUUGUGCGAGUUGGGAGCGCCCAGGGUGCCCAGGGGGCUGGGCUAGGGACAGGCUCAGGUGGACAGCGGCACUUUUGGUAUCUCGCGACAAUGUUGGGAUUUUGCGCUUCUUGCCGGUUUCCCCUUGCCUUCCUGGAAGCUCAGACCUUGGACUCUGCUCAAUCAACCAGAGACGCAAAGCCGCCGCUGCUGCUGUCUGCUGCGCGUGCCUCCGUCCCAGGACCCUCGGGUCUGCCCACAGGCUGGUCCUCGCUGGCCUUAAAGGACACCUGUCCCGGCCACUCACAGUUCAGUUUUCUGCCGGCAGCCGGACCGCGUGGCCGUCGUGACGGGAGGCACGGAUGGCAUCGGUUUCGCCACCGCCAAGUACCUGGCCAGGCUGGGCAUGCACGUCAUCAUAGCUGGGAACAAUGACGCCAAAGCCCAAGAAGUCAUCCGCAAGAUAAGAGAAGAGACCCUGAACAGCAAAGUCGAGUUUUUGUACUGUGACCUGGGCUCCAUGACAUCCAUCCGGCAGUUCGUCCACAAGUUCAAGAUGAAGAACGUCCCGCUGCACGUCCUGGUGAACAACGCUGGCGUGAUGAUGGUCCCCCAGCGGCAGACCAAGGACGGCUUCGAGGAGCACUUGGGGGUCAACUACCUGGGCCACUUCCUGCUGACCAACCUCCUGCUGGACACGCUGAAGGAGUCGGGCUCCCCGGGCUGCAGCGCCAGGGUGGUCACCGUGUCCUCGGCCACCCAUUACGUCGGGGAGCUCAACCUGGAUGACCUUCAGGGCAGCCGCGGGUGCUACUCGCCGCACGGAGCCUACGCGCAGAGCAAACUGGCCCUGGUCCUCUUCACCUACCGGCUCCAGCGGCUGCUGGCCGCCCAGGGGAGCCACGUGACCGCCAACGUGGUGGACCCCGGGGUGGUCAACACGGACCUCUACAGGCACGUCUUCUGGGGCACACGUCUGGUCAAGAGGGUCCUCGGCUGGCUCCUCUUCAAGACACCUGAGGAAGGAGCGUGGACCACCGUCUACGCGGCGGUCACCCCGGACCUGGAAGGAGUUGGUGGCCGCUACUUGUACAACGAGAAGGAGGCCAGGUCCCUGCAGGUCACCUACGACCAGAAGCUGCAGCAACAGCUGUGGGCCACAAGCUGUCAGCUGACCGGCCUCCCCGACGGGAGCCCCGGCGCCAUCUUGAGAUAGCUGUGGCCCUGGGGCUCUGCGGCCCGGCUUUGUAGGAUCUCCGCCACCCAAAGGGACACUGGAGGUGACCACUCGUUGGUGGUCCUCAGCCUUAAGUCCUGGGAUGCCCAAGUGCCAAAUUGUCACGGGUGCCACGGGUCAUUAAAUCCUUCCACCUCCGUG